GUUUACUCUAUAAUAUACUUGAUCAAACUAUAAUAUUCUUGUUUGAUAAAGUUAUUUUUAUAGUAGGAUUGUCAUGCAAAGGGAACCGAACAAAAAGAACUUUACAUUAAGUCAUGAACGGUUCGUACUGGAUGUUGAUCCCUGCCGACGUUUCAUUGAGGGCUCGGCAGAACUAACUAUACAACCUUUGGAUCAACUAUCAAAUAUACGUAUCAAUUCAAAAAGUCAUUGUUAUAUUACGAAAACAUUUGUAAAUGGUACUCCAGUAGAUUUCGACUUGUCUGAUCCCGUGUCUGAACUUACUCUUGGUGGAAAUACAACAAUUGCUCAUCACCAAGUCUACAAAAGCAAAUAUUUAGCAGCUCUUCGUGAUGCUGACGACGGUGAAUUAUCCAUCAGAAUACCUGAAGGUUGCAUCAAACAGAUGACUGAAUCCGAAGCUCAAUUGAUCAGUAAUCAAAUUUUCUUACAAAGUCAUGCAGAUCUCAAUGACGAUACCAAUGAAAAAUCAACGAGUAUGAAUGAACAAAACUCACCAUCUUAUGCUCCCAUUGUCAUUCGAAUCGAUUUCAAAUUGGAAGAUCCAAGGGCUGGUAUUGUUUUUGUUGAACCUGAUGAUGAAAUUGCUCCUUAUCGUGCACAUCAUCUCUAUACUGUAAAUCAACCACUGCCUGGUGCUACUCGUGCUUGGCUACCUUGUAUUGAUCGUAUUGCUGAAAGAUGUACCUGGGAUAUGGAAUUUGUUGUUCCCCGUCGAAUGGGUGGAAAUAUUAUGGAUAUGGAUACUGAUACAACAUAUGAUGAAGAUGCAACUGUCGUUGUUUGUAGCGGUGAAGUGGUUGAACAGGUGAUUCACCCUAAAGAUCCGUCAAAGAAAAUUGUCCACUAUAACUUGUCUGUUCCAACUGCAGCACCUUUUAUUGGCUUUGCAAUAGGUCCCUUUGAGAUGAUCAAAUUAUCACCAUCUCAACUACAAGAAGAAGUACUCAAUGCUGCUGAACUAGAUGAAAGUCAACAACAAAGCCUUAUGGCGGAAAUCAAUAUGAUGUCAAAUAUCUAUGCUUUUGCCUUACCUGGAUUUCGCGAAGAAUUGAAUAUUAGUUGUUCCUUUUUGAUGCAUGCCAUGCAUUUUUAUGCCCAAGAAUAUGGGUCAUAUCCCUUCUCUGACUUCAAACUGGUAUUUAUUGAUGAUGCUUGGUGUGACACUGCUUCAAGUGCUUCAUUGGCAAUUUGCAGCUCACGUCUUCUACACGAUGCGGACAUUAUUGAUCAAACAUAUCAUACUCGACAUGCUUUAAGUUUGGCUCUCGCGAGACAGUGGUUUGGUGUUCAUAUUAUUCAGAAAACAUGGAUGGAUACUUGGUUGAUUGUUGGUCUUGCUAAUCUCAUGGGAUCUCUCUUUAUUAAACGACAUCUUGGAAAUAACGAAUAUCGGCUUCGACUGAAAAAGGAUAUGGAAUUAUGUUGUUCUCUGGAUAUCAAUCGCGCUCCAUUAUACAAUCCAGCUCUUCCUUCACCAUUAGACCCUGAUGAUCUUAGUUUUCUGGAACUCAAGGCCCCUCUUGUUUUAUAUAUUUUGGAUCGACGUAUGUGUAAAGCAGGUUCAACUCUUGGUUUAUCUCGUGUGAUACCCAAAAUCCUUGUUUCGGCCAUGAGUGGUGAAUUGGCACAGAAUGCGAUCAGUACCCAUUAUUUUAUGCGACUUUGCCGGAAAAUUAGUGGAUUCGACACUAAAACAUUUGCGGAUCAAUGGAUUUACAAAAGUGGAUGUCCUAAAUUCAAUUUUUCUUUCAACUUCAAUCGGAAAAAGAUGGUAGUGGAGUUUUUUAUGAAGCAAGAAAAUACCAACAGUUUUAUUUCAAGCAACCAGGAUGGGGAACAUGCUCCUUUGACGGACGGUGGUAUUGUAAACUACCAAGAAUUCAUGACACCUUUGUUUACUGGAAAUCUCACAGUACGGAUUCACGAAGCAGAUGGGACUCCCUAUGAACAUAUUUUGGAUAUUCAAUCAGCAGAACACAAAUUUGAAGUACAAUUCAACACAAAGUAUAAGCGUAUUCGACGAAACACCAAACGAUUCAGGGCAAAACAAGCAGCAGCAGCAGCAGCUGUAGCGGAAGAGGAACAAGAAAAUGAAGAAGGUGCGGAAUCUGGAACAACUAGUAUGCUAGGUAUUAUUCCUAGUUUGGGACUUGGAAUGCCUGUCUUCGAAGAUCCAAUAAAGAAACAAGAAUGGCGAAUUUACGAAUGGGGUCAAGGUGGAGAAGAUACCAGUGGGGCUGCAAGUGCAAUGUUUGAUUGGAUUCGUCUGGAUGCAGAAUUUGAAUGGUUAACAAGUAUCGAAUUUCAACAGCCCGAUUAUAUGUGGGCUGCUCAACUCACCAAGGAUCGUGACGUUGUUGCUCAACAUGAUGCUAUUACUGCUUUACAGCAUAUGCCAUCUCCACAAACUUCGACUAGUUUGUUACGUGCUUUAUUGGAUCAAAAAUGCUUCUACAAAAUCAGAAUGGAAUCUGCUUAUGCUCUAGCAUCCUGUGCAAGUCCUUCAGUGGAUUGGAUUGGACUUCUUCAAUUGGGCAAAAUGUUUCGAAAACGAUAUUGUUUCCCCAUCAACUCUUCUGAUGAUAGUGACGAUGAUGACAUCCCUUUGGCAUUAGCUAUUCCGAAACCGAACAACUUUAGUAACAUUCCUGAUUACUUCAUCCAAAAAGCUGUAGUAAUUGCGUUUUCUCAAAUACGUGAUGAUCGUGGGCUGGCCCCUGAAAAGGUACGAAAGUUUCUUUUGGAUCUGCUCAAGUAUAAUGAUAAUAUUGGAAAUGAGUUCUCUGACUGUUAUUAUAUUGCAACUAUGAUAUCCGCACUUGGUGAUUCUCUGAUACCUUCGUCAAAUGCUCCUGAGGCUAUUGAAGUUGAUUCUCGUGAAGGCAAAGAGUUGGUGGCUGCUGCACUCUCUGAAAUUGAACGAUUCCGGACAUUGGAUUAUGUCAUUCCAACUUAUCACAACGUUGUUAGUGUAUCAUGUUUAAAGACUAUUACCAAGCUAAUGAUGAAUAAUCUUAUGGAUGUGAACCUUGCUACAUUCAUGCCUUAUACUCGAUAUGGUAACUAUUUGGAAGUUCGAUUGACGGCAUUCGACAGUUUGUUUGUGCUGGCUGGAUUACUCAACAAAGAACUGACAAACUACUUUUUGACUGUGAUUAAAGAAGAUCCUUCAGCUUAUGUAUCCCAUUACGUUUCAAGGGCGAUGCUGACAUGGCUUGGUUUGGCGCUCAAGGACAAAUCAGAAACGACUCAAACGAAAGUUAUCGAAGAAUUUGCUGAAGAAGAAGGCAAAGUGGUAAUUGAAGACGAAAAACGAAGAUUACAAAAAACUGUACAACAAGAGUUUCAAUCCAGCGUGGAAGUCUUACGGAAACGAUUUGAAAAUAACAUUGAACUACAACAGAACCUUUGGGACUUAUUGAACUCGCCAGAAAAUAUCACCAUUGAUCAUUCAAUUCGGAAAUACUUAUUGCAAUUCUGUGAAUAUAUGUACAAACCAAUUGAUGUUGGACUCAAGGUUACGAUUAGGGUACCAGCCUUGCAGCCACAAGACGUGUCUGAAGAUAUAUCUGAACCAGCAACGCCAACUCAACCCAUAUUACGGAUUAGCAAACCUAAAUUACCUACCAAGGAGAAGAAGGAAAUCGAACCCAAAACCAUCAAAAUCUCAUCGUCUAUUCGAUCUUUUGUAUCUGAAAACGGUAAUGUUCAUGAUUCCAGUCAAGAUCAGUCAAGUCCAGUAUCCGCUAUCUCCUCAUCAGCAUCACCAAUUUCCUUGAUCGCUAGUACGACACAGCCAGAAACGAAACUCACAACAACGGUCAAAUCACCUAAACCCGUAACAUCGAAGUCUACUGUUAAAAAAUCACACAAAAUGCCAUCUUCAGAAUCAAAAAAGAUCAGACGGAUAUACAACAAGUUACAAAAACAUCGGGCUGCAGCUGUUUUCUUACAGGAAGUCAACGAAGAAUUGGAUGGCGCUCCUGGCUAUUAUGAUAUUAUCAAGAAUCCUAUGGAUCUGGGCAAGAUCAAGAAUAAGGUGGAUGAAAAGGUGUAUACUUCCUUCUCUCAAUUUGAAGCCGAUGUCCGUUUGAUGCUCAACAACUGUUAUAUUUUCAACUUGCCCGGUUCUUUUGCUUAUGAUCAAGGUCAAAUACUAGAAAAUGUUUUGGAAAAAGAACUUGCCAAAGGACGUGAAGCUGAUGAAAGCCAAAAUAUGACCAUUGUGGAAAGUCGUGAACCAUCACCCAGUGGAGGUGCAAAUUUGAUUCUUCCUUCCAAACCAAUCGAAUCUUUACCAACUCCUCAACAACCUCAACCAUCAUCCCAAUUCUCACCAUCCCAAUCAAUACCAUCGAAAACUAUUUCUCUCUCGCCUUCGUCACAAGUGCCACAACUACCACUUCUAUCAAGUCAACCUCAGCCAGUGAUAAAGGUCAAGGAACGGAAGGAACCAACACAUACUGUCAUGGAUUCUCAACCAUCCUCUGUCACUCAACCGAAAUUAAUUACCAAAACUCAAUCUGUACCACUUCCAUCAACACCAGUCUCAGCAUCAACAUUAGCAACAUCAGCACCGGUACCAUCUUCUAUACCUGUAUCCGCUCCUCGACCUCGUACAGACAAAGAUAUCUGUACGGCUAUCUUGAACAAGACAAUGGAAUCUCGUCACGCUUUUGAAUUUAUUCGUCCUGUGGAUCCGAUCAAACAAGGUAUACCUCAAUAUACUCAAAUCAUCAAGAAACCAAUGGACUUGGGAACUAUCAAAUCAAAAUUAAAGGCCAACGAAUAUUUGUCAGUGAAGCAAUUUGAUGAUGAUGUAAGACUGAUGUUAUCCAACUGCUACAAGUUUAAUCCUCCGAAUACAUAUGUCUACAAUGAAGCCAAGCAGCUAGAAGAGGUUUACAAUAACGAGUACGGUACAUAUUUUGGUACUCAACGACUGACAUCAACGCCUGUCUCACCAAGACAUAUCACAACUAUUCCUGAUACCACAACAACAACAACACUUGCUGAAAAACCUAUCUCAGUCACCAAAGCCGCUACUGCUUCACCUACAAUUGGACAACAUGCAAAAUCACCUUUGAUUGCGUCUCACAAAUUGGAUCAACAUGUGCCUUCGUCGCCUACAGCAAUCAAAAAGGAAAAAGUGAGAAAGAGUUCUGUCAGUAACGUCCCUACUGGUCCAUUGACUACUGGUCUUCCUGCUCCUGGUUCUACUGGUCCUUCAAAGCAUCGGGCUAUUCAACCUCUGAUGGAUGAAAAAAAUACGGAAAAAUGUCGACAUAUUUUGUCUCUACUUUGGAAUCAACCUGAAUCACUUGCAUUCCAUUAUCCUAUUGAUGUCGUGGCAUUAAAUAUCCCAUCUUAUCUAGAUAUUAUCAAGCGUCCGAUGGACUUGUCAACUGUACGAGAAAACUUGGAUAAAGGCAACAUCAAGACAAUAUGGGAUUUUGAAAGGGAUGUUCGACAAAUCUUUUGGAACUGUUUUCGAUUCAACGAUUCGAUGUCGGUGAUCAGCCAACAAGCUCAAUCACUACAAUCCUACUUCAACAAUCUUUGGUACAACGAAUAUGCUGAACCUGAUUGUCUAAAAGGAGAUGAUGAACGUGCCGCCAAACACAUGCUGUCGAAUAUGAUGAAACAUGAAUAUGCUGCUCUAUUCACUGAACCUGUCGAUACUUAUGCUAUACCUGAAUACAAAGAACGUAUUACGUCGCCAAUGGAUCUUCGUACAAUGACAGAAAAGUUACAAACUGGACGAUAUUCAUCAUUACAACAAGUAGAUGCGGAUAUCCGACUCAUGUUUGCAAAUUGUUUCAAAUUCAAUAACUCGAAAUCUUUUGCGUAUGAUCAAGGAAAACGUUUGGAAAAGUAUUACAAUAACAAUGGUGGAAGAGAAAUCAGAGCUCGUAUCAAGGAACACCAACAACGACAGGCAGGCACUUCAGCUAUUACCAACAAACCAUCAGGAUCAUCAGCAACUUCAAAAACUACUUCAGUUCCUACUUCUACUACAACUCAACAACGUCACAAACAAGCAUCUCCAGUCAAACAAAUGCCAGCAACUGCUACUGAAAAAGUAACAUCGACUUCAUCAUUACCUUCUCCCCCCACUAAUGUCACAGUUCGGUCAACAACAGCACCACCAACUAAAGCAGUUAGUGUUACUCCUCCUGUUAGAUCAUCAUCUACCAGUCUUCCUUCAUCUUCAAUAUCAAAUACUACUCCAACGUCUACACCAGCGAAACUUUUACCUGGUCUUUACAGCAAAUUGGAAAGUCUUUUAAGCAAACUGAAAAAGAACAAGAACUCUUUUGCUUUUCUGGAACCGGUAAGGAAAUAGAAAUAAAAUAAAAAAAAAAAGGAAAAAUUUGCUAAUUAUUCUUUAAUAUAGGUUGAUCCCAUUGCCUUACAAAUCCCUCAUUAUACAACCAUUGUACCUAAUCCUAUGGAUCUUGGUACUAUGUAAGUGUUUUUUUUUUUCAAUUGGAUACAUCAACAUAUAUAAUACUAUGUGAUUGUUCAUUCAAUAAUAAUGAUUUUUU